AUGAAUGAAAAGCCUUCGGAGCAACCGAAUGUUGUACCAACCACACUUCUGCAUUCAAGCAACGAAACAACGAGCACGAAUGCUCAUAACGAACGGCUUGUAGAUCGGGUAGUUGAUGAAAUUUAUAGGAUCCAUCUAGAGUCAUCCAAUGAUGGUGUUGCAUCAUCAUCUCAUGGUUCUGGUGUUUCGGAGCAAGACCGAAUGGAAGAUGAUGAUGAAGGUUUGGAAUUUAUGAUCAAAACUUAUUUAAAUUUGGAAAGAUUAGAUGAAAUGUUGAAUGAAAUGUUUUUGAAUGAACAUGUUCAAAGUUUGCAGGAAUAUAGAGAAAAAUCAAAAAAAGAAGAACAAGUAUUUAAGCUCAUUGAAAGCCUGAUUUUAGAGGGAGAAUGCAUCAAGGCUUUCGAGUUGUUAAAGGCUCACUUUCCUUCCGUGGUACAUCAUCCAUUGCACACAAAAUUCCAUAUUAUGAAUCUCAAAGAAAUGAUUCUUAAAUGUCCUGUCGACGAUUAUGAACAACAGGCUAAAUGUCUGGAAUUGUGUAAAUCAACCAUUCCCUCUGAGACUUGUGUGUUUAGUUCUCCAGAACAUACCAAUCUGAUGGAUACUCUCUUUCUACUGUUGAGAGAGAAAGACAACUAUUUAUUGGUGUACAAACAAUUGCAACAGUCCAGAAGUGCUCUUCUCCACGAUUUUAAAGUGUUUUGGUACAAACAAUUGAGACAAAGCAAAAAAGAGGAUUCCACGUUUGAAGUCAUACUGAAAUACUUGACUACGAUUCACAACAUUUAUCAAGUUCUUAACGGUGCAACAUCACCUGUGCCAGAAAUUGAAUCGUUGCUGUUGCCGGAAAAGGAGCUGUUUUCGAGCAAGUACGAAACUUCGAAUGCACACCAAACCUGUCGAGAACGGCAUGUUAUUGAAAUGACACAACGAAUGUCAAUAACUCGAGAGGAAGCAAUGCAAGCCUUAAUUGCUUCUAAUCAUGACCGAAUGCAAGCCAUGAAGCUCGAAGCAAGUAGAUUACAACUGAACAAAAUUCUGUUGGCAGACUUGGUCGAGGAGCACUGCAAAAAUAGGGGUCUAAUUCUCCCCAUGAAAGAAGAUGCCAUUUCUCGAAGAGACGUCAUGACCAAGAAUAUUCAAGAAAUGUUGGCAAGUCACAAGUACGAAGAGCUUGUACAAUUUGUCAAUUCUGUCGACUCAUUUGUCCUAUCCACAUAUCCAGUGAUAACGUUUAGGAUAUAUGAGUGCAUGUUCUUACAUCAUUACAAUUGCUGUGAAGACACAACGGCAUUGAGUAUUGCCUCCGAAAAAUUAGCUCCUAUUCGAUUACGCAACGAAGAACGAUUGGAUGAAGACUUUUCAGACACUGUUUCCUUGCUUGCAUAUGAUCAUUCAACAAAUCCAGUCCCAGAGCACGCAAAGAACAUAAUAUCAAGAAUCGAAAAGUCCAAAGAAUUUAUUGUUAAAACACUGAGUGAAGUUCUUUUUGACCGAGUUGGCAAACCAUCAAGGCUUGUAAAGGCCAUGAAGUAUCUACUAUUCAUUCAUAACCAUUGGUUUCAAUAUGACGCUGAUGAAAUGGUAGAAUAUCUUAGUAUUCAUACCUUAAAGGAGAGCACGUUGUCAAACCUUAAGAUAUCUUUGGAUUCAAUAAUGGAAACGAACUCGCUUGAUCCCAAAGAGCAAGAUAUUCAAUCGAUUAUGGAUAUCACCCAACUGAGUCGAGAGGAGGCAGAAAGCCUGCUCAAUCAACACAAAACGGUUGAAGACUCUUUGAACGCAUUCUUUCAACUCUAG